AUGAUUGGAGAUGCGUUUAACAUCACCAGGACAGACACCGCGGAAUGGGGUCUUAGAAAAGCUAAACUUGUCGUGGCCGUUGCCAUAAUAAAGAGUAAACCUCACGGGAUAAGUGGUCGGAAGCAUGCGGAACAUUUGGCCAACAAGCUGAAUAGCCAGACUGAGGACUGGAAGACCAAAGCCCAGAGGCUGCAGGAGGAAGUGCUCAGAAUGCGUCAAAAGCUCCUUCUCUCCCAGAUGCUCUCAAAGCCAAAGAACACCAGUGGAACAGAAGCUGGUGGAGAUGGCUUCAUGGACCUGCUCUGUCAGGACUUGGUGAAAGAUCCGCUCAACUCAGACAUGGACUCCGGCUGUGGGAUGGAGAACAACACAGAGACACUUCUGCCCACUCAAGACUCUGCAGAACCCAGUGCCCAGCCAGCCUUCCCACCUGUCACCACCACACCCCCCCAGAUCCCAUUCUCCAGCCUGUGUGAGGCAGACCCUCGUGGGAAGGCCAUGCUGCUCCACAUGCAGUUUCUCCAGAGCCUGUGUGGGCUGAACAGGGUGGAGUGGGAGGCAAUGGGUGCGGAGGCUGGAGGGUUUAGCCUGGACAGGGACAAGGACAGGUCCGUGGUGGCAGACUCGGUGUGCCAGCUGCUGUCCUGUGUGGUGUCUGCUAGUAGGGAUGACAGACCCCUGCCUCCACGCUCACUGCUCCUGCAGGCGUCCAGGGUGGCGGCCCAGGCAGUGGAUCAUUGGCUCUCCCACAGACAGCCCUCCCAGCUAUUUGUGACAGGCAUGGAAGAUUCCCUGAAAGAGCUCACUGAUGUUCUAUUACGCAACGGCCAGCUCAACAGGUUCCAGGUUCAGGAGAGGCUGACGGAGUGUUUGAUCCUGCUGGGAGGGAGCAACUUGCUUAGGUCCCUGCUCAUCCGUCAUGUGCUGUCUGAGAUCAACCGGCUGGCAGAACACCUCUGGAUCACCUGCCAGGGGGAAAGCAGCGAGGGGCCCGGCCAGUUUGACAUAUCCCUGUAUGAGAACUCCUUCUACCUGUUCUGGCUCCUGGAGCAGCUCCUUCAGGUCGGACAAGGACCCCCAGGGGCCACAGGGGGAACUGGGCACCAUUGGAGCCCAGAGCAGAGGGCCCUUCUGGGCCGGCUGGAGCAUAGCGUCUUGCUCCUGUCCGAUGAUUUCCCUCUGUACUCCCUCUACAUGUGGAGGAUAGGGGCUCUCCUCGCCCCCUCCGACACCAACAACACCCAGACCUGA